AUGUUUUUUAUUUCCAUUAAAAAAAUAGUCGAACUUCAACGAGUUCGUGCCGAAUUGGACCAAGAAACGCUUAAUCGUAUUGACUAUCAGAACCAAGUUCAAACACUUCUUGAGGAAAUUGACUUUAUUCGACGUUCACAUGAUCAAGAAAUUAAAGAUUUGCAAGCAAUGGCUGCUCGUGAUACAACAAGUGAAAAUCGUGAAUUCUUUAGAAAUGAGUUGGCCUCUGCCAUUCGUGAUAUUCGAAAUGAAUAUGAUUCAUUAAACAACAAAAACCGACAAGACAUUGAAUCUUGGUAUAAGUUAAAAGUACAAGAAAUUGAAACUCAAUCUGCUCGCCAAAACAUGGAACAAGGUUAUCAAAAAGAUGAAUUGAAACGUCUUCGUCAACAAUUGACUGAUUUACGUGGAAAACUUGUGGAUCUGGAAGGCCGAAAUGCUCUUUUGGAAAAACAAAUUCAAGAGCUCAAUUACAAUCUAGAAGAUGAUCAACGAGCCUAUGAAGAUGUUCUUAACGCUAAGGAAGCUCAAAUCCGUAAAAUGCGUGAUGAAUGUCAAGCAUUGAUGGUGGAAUUGCAAAUGUUGUUAGAUACCAAACAAACGCUGGAUGCCGAAAUUGCCAUAAUACCGAAAGAUGCUUGA